CUACUCGAUUGAAUUAGAUUUGGGUAAUCUCUAAUUCUUCUUCUCCAAGUUAAAAUUAUGUUGAUAUUUAUUAAUAUAUUUAACCAUUAAUUUUGCAUUUACAUUGGUAAUCAUUUGCAGGGUAUCUCACCAGUUAAUUUUCGAUUGUUCAAGUGCUAGUAAUUUGAGUUUAGACUAUUGUUUCCUUCACUAAUAUAUUGCUGUGAACAAAUUAUUAAAAACAUCAUUGGUGGUCCACCCAAACAACUACUUCAAAUGUCGCUCAGCCUCCUAGAUCUCGUUCUGUGCAUUUUUACACAAUGGCAACUUGAGCCACACUUGGUCCCAGGAUGUUUAAUAAGGUUCAAGGGUCUUGAACAGGUGUAUUAACGCACGUAUUGUGUUGUUCGACACCUCGGCGUUCUGGACUUGUAUCGUUGGUCUUACUUGUCACCUUGUCACCUGAAAAGGUCGUACUAUUUCAGUCACCACAACUAACCUAACACCAAAAUUAGCAAACAAAAGACCUGUAGCACUUCAAUUGCACGCCAAAGAUACGCUUGGAAACAUCACACAUCAUCCUUCUUUUCCUCCACUUUAAACGCAAGUCCAUUUUUAGCUCAUAAUAUUGGGAUCUCCAUCCGUUUUUACACCCUCGGAGGAGAAAGUGAGAAGCCAAAAUCCAGUUGUCGGGCAGUGAUAUAAAUGAGCUUUGAUCACAAAAAUCAUAUUCUUUGUUCAAUCUCGUUUUUUCUGGGUUACCAAUUGGAGGGCUAAUGCUUAUGAGACAGCCUCAGUCAAGGUGAUUCAGAAAGCUCUUUGAGACUUUUAGCUUUUGUGAGAAACGAGAAUGGCGUUUACAGGAACUCUGGACAAAUGCAAGGCUUGCGAUAAGACGGUUUACGUGGUCGACAUGUUGUCCCUCGAGGGCAUGCCUUACCAUAAGACCUGCUUCAGAUGCAGCCAUUGCCAUGGAUAUCUUGUGAUGAGCAACUACUCCUCUAUGGAUGGUAUCCUCUACUGCAAGACUCACUUCGAGCAACUUUUCAAGGAAUCUGGCAAUUUCAGCAAGAACUUUCAAACUGCCAAGUCUUCUGAGAGGCAACAUGACCUGAACCGGACCCCGAGCAGGCUAUCUUCUAUGUUCUCCGGAACCCUAGACAAAUGCACCACCUGUGGCAAGACAGUUUACCCCUUGGAAAAGGUGACUCUAGAGGGAGAGUGUUUCCACAAGAACUGCUUCCGAUGCGCUCAUGGCGGAUGCCCGUUGACGCACUCGUCUUAUGCUGCUCUGGACGGAGUCCUCUAUUGCAAGCACCACUUUGCCCGCCUCUUCAUGGAGAAAGGCAACUACAACCACGUCCUAGAGGCUGCUGCACACAAGCGGAACAUGUCCUCUGCGCCCACAUCGCCCCCGCCUGAGCCCGCGCCUGAGCCCACACCUGCUGAGCCAAAGCUGGAGCCAGAUGAUAAGCCAGAGGAGGAUCAAUCUUAACUAUAACAUCUCAUCUCCCAACUCAGACCUUAUUUCGAUGCCAUCAUCUUCAAGAGCCAACAUUAUGUACUUUGAUUGUAGUUUUUCACAAACUGUAUGCAUGUUAUCACUAUUCUUUUUUCUUGCAUUUACCAAUUGACGUUUUUGAAGUCUGAUGACCUGAUAUAACAUGUUGCUGUUUUUUUGUC